AUGAUGAGCACAUAUGGGCGUGAUGCCUCUAAUAAUCCUUGGAACCCGAGAUUUUACGGGGCACCUUCAGGUCUCGCGUUUAUACAACGGACUCAGGAGUUCUUUACGGGACCAGUAAGCGAAUACAAUCAUAAGCCAAAGUCACCACAAUCAGCUGUCUUACAGCUCUUUGAUGCUCCAUUGCCUGGUAAUCACUUAGGAGAUCGGAGGACCUACUUAGAAACCAUUCUGCCGCCUAAAGAGACAGCUCUGGCAUUAAUUACCGCGGUGUUUACAAAUGCUUACGUCGUCUUCCCGAUUUUCGAGGAGCUAGUAUUCUUUCGAAUGGUGGAUCAAAUCUAUGAUACGGGAACCAGACCAGACGAGCUUGAUCCCACGUUCAAGCCAUCGUUCCACAUUGUUCUGGGAUUAGGUUAUCUGUUCAGCAGGAGCAAACAUGAAGAACAUGGGUGCCAAGGCGCAAUAGAUGAGGCGGUGAAGCAUUACCUCAUAGCUAGGAUGCUUGUCGACGUCGCCGACUGCCGGGAUCUAUCCUCGUUACGAAUCUUAUUGAGCUUUGUCAUCUUUCAAAUAUCUGUUGCGGGGCUUGCUUCAGCUCAUGCUUUCAUGGGCCUAGCAUGCUCUUUGGCUUCGAGGCUUGGCUUACAUUACAGGUCAACGCACCACGCAACCAUUUCGCAACAAGACCGCGUUGCAAGACGAAAAGCCUUUUGGGCAGUCAUCAAACUAGACAUCUAUCUCAGUGCAGUUCUUGGACUGCCUGCUUUCAUAGACCUUCGGGAGGUCGACCCCGCGAUUGAUUCAACACUUGAGGAAGCUCUCACCGAAAUAUCGCCCGAGGUUCCAUCUCGUAAUGCCAUAAUGUUGGCCGUGUCUGCAAAACACUUGGAAGUCAUGAGACUCAUCACCAAAGCCAUCAAAACGCUUUAUCCUAUGCCGACUACGAGCUACAAUGACCCUAAGAUAGCCGGUAAUAUCUCAAUCCCCAUAUCGAAGUUGACACAGAUCGAAGAAGAAUUCAAGAUCUGGAAAACAAGCUCAUCGGAGAUUAUCAAUAAGGCUGAUGAUGGCUCGCUUGAGUUUUCUAGACUUAAAUAUGAGCUUGAAAUGUUUUACUACUUCGGUCAAAUCGUCUUAUAUCGCCCCUUUCUUCACUACCUAGCGAAUAUGUCAGAGGGAUGCCCGGUGACACAACAACAGUCGCACAGGGCAUUGGUGUGCACGAAAAUCGCUUCAAUUGUUAUUACUCGAACAGAGGCUAUUCAUGCUCAAGGGAUGCUUCACUCAGCUUCCUGGACUUCUACAUAUACAUUGUUUCUGUCUGUGGUCUGUCUGAUCUUUCUAAUUGCGACACAGAAAGGGACCAAGCAGCCUCUCGAAGCCUGGAGAAGAUGCGAACGCGGAAUACGUCUCUUGGCUUCAAUAUCAUGUCCCGGCAUGGGUGCUGCACAGUGUCUACUUGUCUUGAAGGUAUAA